CAUAUAGUAUCCCUAUGCACCCGAUACACUUACAUUUGCCUAUUUAAGCACUCUGAAAGGUGAGACAAAUUGGGGACAAAACUAGAUAUGGCAGAGAAAUCUGAGGAAACCAAGGAAUGGGCACCGAUUAUAGAACGCUACAAAGCGCUGCUUGAUAGUGAAUCUAUGAGUGAUGUUCAAUUCAGUUUUGGCGUGACAAAAGGACCUACAUUAUAUGCUCACAAGGUUAUACUAGGAGCAGCAAGUGAUGUCUUCAAGAGCAUGUUCUAUGGGGAACUUAAGGAGACAAACGAUGUCAUUGCUAUACCAGACAUUGAAAGGCCAAUGUUUCUAGAAAUGAUGAGGUUCAUUUACUAUGGUAAGGUCAAUCUUACCCCAGACAAUGUCCUUGGUAUAUUGUAUGGAGCUAAGAAGUAUCUAAUACCAGGCCUGGUAGAAACAUGCAGAGAGUAUCUAGAUGGAAACCUUAACAUAGAAAAUGUCUGCACACUUUUGGAUGCAUCACUGCGAUUUGAUGAGGAACCCCUAACAAAGAAAUGUCAUGAAUUAAUAUGCAAAGACACUGCAUCAGUAUUGGAGUCGGAGGCAUUUGUUGGGAUCUCAAAACAGGCUCUUGGCAUGAUAUUGGACAUAGACACAUUGAAAAUAAAGUCAGAGGUUGAGGUGUUCCAAGCAGUUGUAAAAUGGGCAGAAGAGGUAUGCAAGAAGCAAAGUAUUGCAACUACUGGUGAGAAUAUAAGGAACAUACUUGAGGACAUAAUCUACAAGAUCAGAAUACCAACCUUUACAGCAGAUGAGCUGGGAAAGCAUGUUGCACCAACUGGUAUACUUAGUCUUCAAGAGGUUAAUGACAUUCUGAUAUAUAUAUCAACUGGAAAAUUAGAGAGUGGAGAGAUGAAGUUCAUUAAACAGCAAAGAAAAUAUACAGACAGCUACAGUAAAGAUCUUCUUGUAUGCAAACGUUAUAAAGACCAAAGUACUGAAUGGAAGUGUAAAGGUACUUUGUAUGAUGCUCUCAAGUUUACAACCAAUUCAGAUAUCAUGUUGUCUGGCUUGGGAGUAUUUGUACCACACAAAGAUACAUCUACACCUUUACAGCUAAAGUUCAAAUACUGAACAGCACAAACAAAGUAUUGUAUGAUGUAAAGCACGAGUUCAAACAUUCUGAUGUUCCAAAGGGGAGUUUUAUACAUAAACUAAAAUUUGACAAAGGCAUUAAAAUAAAUUCAAAAGAACAAUAUUCUAUCAAAGCAUUACUAAAUGGACCAAACACAUAUAAUUCCAGUGGGAACCGGAGUGUCCUUACAGUAGAAAAUGUUGAAUUCACCUUCUCAGAUCACCCGGAGUCAGGUAAUGGCACAAGAGUCAAUCAAGGUCAACUCCCAUGUCUUUAUUUUAAAAAGAGAACUAGUAAGACUCUCUCAAAGAGUUCUAUUAUCUCUGAACUAAGGAAGGGAGGAAUAGAAGGAGUGGGCUUUAUUUCAAGGUAAAUUAUCGAUCUUCAAUGGCCUUCAGGACUGUCAAUAGAGGGCAAAAAUUCAGUGUGUGUAAUAGCAUACUUUAACAUGUGAAAAUUGCUCCCCCAGAAAAAAAAUCUCCC